GUUUUUGUUGAAUAACGGUUAUUAUUAUUAGUAGCGCUGUUUCGCUACUAUUGCUACAGUUACUGGUUGAAAGUUCCUGGAAAAUAACGGAAUAGACAAUUACGUAUGCAGUGCGUCCCCAACAAAGUAUUUUACUUUGUUGGAGAUGAACUGGACUGUUCGCGUUGCGACGGCGCCCGCUGCUGGUGUUUGCGCUGUUGUAGCCAGCGAAGGUCGACACCGGCUGGUGACUAUGGCUGUGUCUGACUAUGACGGUGUUUACGAGAGUGUAGUGUGAUUCGGCAACGGUCUAGGGACGAUAUCGCUGUGUUUGUUACCUCAGUCGUGAUGUACUGCGUUAGUGGUCGGUGAAGACGACGGCGAGAAGAUAGCUUUGUCGUCUUUUGUCUCUCGGCAGGUCAGCUAUCUGAAUAAAAUGUUUGUGCGGUGGUAAAGCUUUACGCCGCCCGGACCGUGUCCACGAACGUUAAGAUGGCAAAUAGGAACGUCGAAUCUACUAGGCUUGGGACGUGCCUCUAAGGAUGGCCGUAUCGACGAGUGGAAUUGCCUAUAUUGCUACAAAUUACGCAAAUAGUGGGAUUCAUAACGGGCCGGGGACGGGCUUGGGUUUAACUUUCAGAGUGAGACGAUGGCGUUGCCAUCGGGCUCCUCGAGUCACGCUGAUAUAUCUCGGCGAAACCCUCACGAUGAGUACCAACUCAUACAGAGGGUCGGAAGCGGGACGUAUGGAGAUGUUUUCAAGGCCAAACGCUUGUCUACGAACGAAAUGGCAGCCAUUAAGGUGAUCAAGGUCGAGCCCGGAGAUGAUUUCGCUAUUAUCCAGCAGGAAAUUGUCAUGAUGCAGGACUGCCUACAUCCAAACAUCGUGGCCUAUUUCGGCAGCUACUUACGGCGGGAUAAGCUGUGGAUUUGCAUGGAGUAUUGCGGGGGAGGAUCGUUACAGGACAUUUAUCACAUUACAGGGCCGCUGAAAGAAAAUCAAAUUGCAUACGUGUGCCGUGAAACACUUCGCGGUCUAUACUACCUUCACAGUCUAAACAUGAUGCACCGAGAUGUAAAGGGAGCCAAUAUUCUCUUAACAGAAGAUGGCGGGGUAAAGUUAGCAGAUUUUGGAGUUUCUGCGAAAAUCACGUCAACGAUAGCUAAGCGAAAAUCUUUUAUCGGAACCCCAUAUUGGAUGGCACCGGAAGUUGCUGCCGUAGAACGGAAAGGAGGGUAUAAUCAACAAUGUGACAUUUGGGCCGUUGGCAUUACAGCCAUUGAACUGGCCGAGCUACAGCCGCCCAUGUUUGAUCUGCAUCCAAUGAGGGCUUUGUUCCUCAUGUCCAAGUCCAAUUUUAAACCGCCAACGCUCAAAGACAAAGACCACUGGUCGACGGAUUUCCACGGGUUUGUUAAGUUGGCCUUGACUAAGAAUCCUAAGAAGCGUCCAACAGCUGAUCGCAUGCUUCUUCAUCCGUUUUUGAUAGGAGAGUUGAGCAAAGAAGUUAUCAUUAAUCUCAUCGAGAGGGUCCGAAACCCGUCGGCGACCGAGUAUCAACACGACGAGGAAGAAGACGAAAUGGUUAAUAAUGUCCCGCAGAAGAUUGUCUCCUCAAGGGGCCGGGAGGACCAAAAGAUGCCCGUGGCCUCGCCGGAGACUCCAACAUCGCCAGAGGAAUCUUUUCUGAUUCGUGAUGUGGAGAAGAGUCUCCUUGAAGUCGUCGAAGAGGAACUACAACAACGAGCAACGCUUCCAAUGGGAGAGAGCUUAAUGGGAAACCCACAGUGGGCGCAGCACAAAGAAGCGGUGCCGCCUGUUCCGACGACGUCACCACCUAGAAGUGAUGAUGAAACGCAUGCAGAGAGCGAAGGUCCAGAACCUCCGCCUCGGUUACGAAGAAAGAAAACUGACGCAGAGAAGAGUUCACCGCAAGGCGGCGGCGCCAAUGAAACUGUGAACCGAAUAAGCACUAAUGGCCUACCACCUACGCCGAAAGUUCACAUGGGAGCCUGCCUCUCAAAAAUCUUCAACGAGUGCCCGCUUAAGGUUUACUCAGCGGCUAGCUGGAUUCAUCCAGAAACUAGGGACCAACAUAUUAUACUCGGAUGCGAAGAGGGUAUAUAUACAUUGAACUUAAACGAGUUAGCGGACGCUUGUCUCGAUCAGAUCUUUAAUCGAAGAACAAUAUGGCUUUUUGUCAUCAGCGACGUACUAAUGUCGCUGUCAGGUAAGAAUACCCAAUUGUAUCGCCACGACUUGAUCGCGCUACAUAACCGGAAAAGUCAGACAGCGUUCUCGUUAAAUCGGAUACCCGAGCGUUUUGUCCCUCGAAGGUAUACAACGAGUACCAAGGUGCAGGACACCAAAGGCUGCAUUAAAUGCUGUGUUGGCCGAAACCCGUAUAACGGCUUCAAGUACUUGUGCGGAGUGCUUCAGCACGGGGUGUUUCUUAUGCAAUGGUACAACCCAUUGGCGAAGUUCAUGCAUGUGAAACAAGUUGAUCUAGCUCUACCACACCGUAUUCGUUUUUGUGAGAUGAUCGUGUCACCAGACGCCGAGUAUCCAAUUAUCUGCAUUGGUGCCCAUGCGACAUCGAACCCAAAUCAGCUGAAGUUAGAGAUGAUUGAUCUAAACCUAAUCGAUUCGAUCGGAGGAUCACCGGAUGAUGAAGACGGCGACACGAUGAUCCCGGCCAAAGGAAAUGCGUUAAACGCGUUACAGUUACAGCAGGACGAACUUUUAGUAUGUAUGGAACGAGAGGUAAAAAUUAUCAACUUGGGAGGCCGUGUCAAGCUUAACCAGCCCAUGAGACCAGCCAAUUUUGAAUUCGACUUCAACCUUGAGCAGAUUGUCUGCCUUUCAGAUUCUGUGUUAGCCUUCCACAGUCAUGGGAUGCAGGGCAAAAGCCUGUUAACUGGUGACGUCGUCCAAGAGAUCGACGACCCCACUCGUAUCAUGCGCGUGCUCACAGCAGACAACAGCAAAUACCUGGGUUUCACAGCCGCUGACCCGGGCUGCGAGAUUGGGGAACGCGUUAUCGUUGUCGAAAGCCGCGCGGUAGAGAAGCCGAGUGGACCGUCAAACCUUUAUAUCCUCGCGGGGCACGAGAGCAGCUACUAGAAGUCCAACGAGGCUUAACUACACCCUCAAAAUCAGCCAUGUCGACUGAUUCAUCCUAAAGUUGUCCCCUUUCCGCACCUGAUUACAUUCCUCCCAUAAAUGAAUAGAGCAAAAAACAAAAGGAAGAAGAAAAAGAAAAGCAUAUAAAACCAUUUUUAUAUGGAACAUAGGCUACACAUCCUAAAAAUAAAACAACCAUCUAUUUGCAUAUCUACUUGUUGAUGGAGACUUUACCUGUUUGGUGAAGUGGGGUCAAAGCCACUAUAUCUGGGUUCAGACCAGAUAUAAAAAUCAGAUAGGGUCGCUAGCACAACAAAAUCGCGCUAGCCUUAUGUCUAUACACAUUACUACAGUGUAAAAUUUUCGUGUGUUGGGUACUGACUAAUGUCUUUCUAUUUUGCACAUUUACAAAGAAACACGAAAUUCGAAGUUUCGUUUGAAAUUCAAAUGUAUUUCCACCACUCGAAUGAGGUCCAUAUAGUGAAAGUAGAUGUGGCUGUCGACAUCUUCCUGUAGUUCCUUUAUCUAUAGUCACGCUUCGUGGUAAGUUCAUGUUUACGCAGUUAUGUCGAAACACCGUCAUAACAUUUGUUAACUUCACAGUGCAUAGAGCAGAUGCAUUUCCUGAGUUUCAUACUGCUACUUCCUAAAAGGUGUGCGUUGCGCCUUUCUACACUCUUAAUUCUCUCAAGAAGCAGGUAGAUAGGCUGGCCAAGGCCUACUAUCCUACGGCAAAACGAAAUGCGAUUUGUAGAGAGGCCUAUGGGUGGCGGUACGUUACAUUCUCUAUUUUUUUUUUCAAUGUCAUGAACGGUCCUUUGUGUGUGGAUUAAUCAAUCGGCAAGCUCUUUCUUAAUCUACCUAGCGCUUGUCAAUAUAGAUAACUGGAGCGAGGUACAUGAGAAGGGCUAUUCUGGUGACGAAAUAACACAGUUUCUUAGCAGAUGUGACGCCUGACCCUCACGUGAUUUUGUUAGAUCAUCGACGUCCUCAAUAAGCGACUGAGUGAAAAAUUACAUUCUCACACAAUGAACACAGAAAAUUUUGGGGUAUUUUCUGAUGACGCAGUGCUGUACAGAAAGUGGCUUAUGUAUACGUGAGCGACUUUGAGGCGGAAGUUAAAAAUAACAAAACAAAGAAAAGGUGAACGAAGAAUUGAACGAAAAAAAUACGGAUGAGCAAGUAUGGUGGAACAGCGAACAAUGUUGUAAGAUUUUGUGACGCGAGGAGAAAGUUAACUGCUAUUUGUAAAAAAAUAAGUAAGAAAAGACGCCGUACACGGACAAUCUUCAACGGCAGCAGAUGAGAGGCGAUAUUGAUAAAAAGCGGAUGAUGAUGGAUAUGAAUAUAUAAUACUACGGAAUGUGUCUUCCGGAAAUGUACACAUUUUCAUCCGCCCAUCCUCGUUUUUGCCCCGUUGAUUUGUAAAUAUUAGAAGAAGCACUAUAAGAUAAAACACACUUCAACACAUCCACACAAAAAAUUGUGGAAUAGCAUACAACAACAACGAAGAAGCGAGAAGCUGACAGUGGCAAAAAGUAAAAUAGAGAUGAUGACAAAUAUAUAAAUGUGUAUGAUUAUCAAAGGGGAUCGGCACUGUGACGAUGAUGCUUGAUAAGUGUAAAGGGACGCGACUUCUUUCAUCGAAAAUACCAUACCACUGAAUUUCAUCAUAAUGAUAAUAACUAUUAUUAUGACAAGGAUAAAUAACAGAAUAAUACAGGGAAGGUUUAUUAAA